UGGUUUACCGUUGACUCAACAAAAUGCCCACGUGGAUGAAGAACUGAAGAAGAAUCGAACAAGCACAAACGUGAAGGAGGGGGGAGAAGAUUGAAGAAGCCCUCUCAGAUUCUUUUCUUUAUUGAUUUGCAAUCUCUUUCUUCGUCGCCGCCUCACGAUUCCAUCUUAAAAGUUUCCACCUUUCCGACGGAAACUUACGUUGACUUUGUUUUCUUCUCGCCUCCUCCGCCAUUCAAACUGAUCGGAGCUAUAGUUCGUUCGAUCGGAGCUAUAGUUCCUUUAUCUGUUUCCCGCGCUAGAUCUAUGGCCGUUUUAGUCAAAAAAUUUGCUCGCAGAGACGGAAGCGAACAAUCUGGGUCGGUCGAGCAAGAAGCUUCCAUCAAUGGGUCUCAAGAGCUCCGGCACGAGAUGGUAACCGGUCGUGGGAUUGAAGCAAUUGUUAAUAGUCUGAGCAAAUGGGUUGUGUCUAUUCUGUUUGCUUCCAUCAUUCUUCUGAGGCAUGAUGGUGCAGCUUUGUGGGGAAUCAUUGGAUCCGUUUCGAAUUCGGCUCUUUCCCUGGUGCUGAAGCGUAUACUUAACCAAGCGAGACCUGCUACAACCUCGCGAACUGAUCCCGGGAUGCCAUCUACUCACGCCCAGUCUAUCUCUUUCAUAUCUGUGUUUGCUGUUUUGUCUGUUAUGGAAUGGCUUGGAACCAGCAAAGUCUCUAUGUUCCUUUGCUGCCUCAUACUCGCUUCGUGUUCAUAUUUUAUACGGUUAAGGGUUUCUCAGAGGCUUCACACAAGCAGUCAAGUGGUGGUUGGUGCAAUCGUGGGUUCUGUUUUCUGCAUCUUGUGGUACACAACGUGGAACUCGCUUCUCCUUGAAGCCUUCGAGUCAUCUCUAUUACUCCAAACAUCUGUAUUUCUGGUUGCAGCUGCACUUACACUGGCUUUUGCAACCCAUGUUGUACUUAACUGGUUCAGAAACGAUAAAUGAGCAAAAAAACUUGCUCAAAAUUGUACUCCUAUUUUUUUUAAAGAAUUCCACAUUCGCAUUC